AUGCAGAUGUCUACACGUCGUUCACUAACAAUUCCAGCAGACGAGCCAUCAGGUUUGCCACCGUUGCAUCUUCUUAGGCUUCAGGCAGAAAUAUUGCCAGGAUCGAGUUCGGGCAGAUGCAAAUGUGAUUCGACGACGGCACAUGUGGCUUACGUGGAUGAGGACUGGAUGGAUUACGUGGUAUGGAUCUUCGGCGAUGUUUGGUGUUCAGUGUGGCUAGCGGUAGACGUUUGGAUGUGUACGGCGUCUAUUCUCAACUUAUGCGUCAUCUCUCUCGAUCGUUACGUGGCGGUGACGAGACCUGUCAGUUACCCGAGCAUUAUGAGCAGAAAGCGCGCAAAAGCGUUAAUUGCCGGUCUGUGGAUUUUAUCAUUCGUCAUCUGUUUCCCACCACUAGUGUGGAAGGAUAAAAAGCCCGAAGAAAAGAAUCCCCCUUGUGAGUGGACCUGUGAGCUUACCAACGACACUGGAUACGUAGUCUACUCGGCACUUGGCUCCUUCUAUAUUCCAAUGUUCGUGAUGUUGUUUUUCUAUUGGAGAAUAUAUAAGGCUGCCGUAAGAACUACAAAGGCUAUCAACCAAGGAUUUAGAACUACUAAAGGUAAAGGCCUAGGUAAUCGGUUUGAUGACAACCGUCUGACAUUGAGGAUACACCGAGGACGUGGUUCUGCUAGACCGCACGGUUCUCCGCUGUCGACUGCUUCUAAUCAUUCCACUAGCACAUCACUGAGUGCAUCUCCAGAAAGAUUAAGAAGACACUCUAGCGCCAGGCGUGCGCAUGAGAAAGUUAAAAUAUCCGUAUCCUACCCAUCUUCUGAGCAAAUCUGUCCAGUAAUAGAAAACUCCAGGUCUCCUAGUAGAUCACCAAGUCCAAGUCUUUACGCUGUUCAUUAUGAAAGGGAUGGGCGGGAACUGACUGAGAGUAGAUUGAGAGUCAAACCACCCCAUCAUCUAGCACCAGGCCCUCUUUAUGAUGAGUAUGAUGAUAAACCAAGGGCGACUAGAAGAAUGGGCAAGAGAAAUAUAAAAGCUCAGGUUAAACGUUUCCGAAUGGAGACUAAGGCAGCUAAAACCCUGGGCAUAAUCGUGGGAGGUUUCGUGUUUUGCUGGCUGCCAUUCUUCAGUGUAUACGUCGUAAGAGCCUUCUGUGGGGAAUGCGUUACUCCUAUAGUCUUCUCAGUACUCUUCUGGUUGGGUUACUGCAACUCUGCCAUUAAUCCACUCAUUUACGCGUUAUUCUCCAAAGAUUUUAGGUUUGCAUUUAAAAGAAUCAUCUGCAAAUGUUUCUGUGGUGGAGGGGGUGUGAGAAGAGAGAGUGAUGAAGGAUCAGCUCGACGCGCCAAUCACAAGCCGCAACAUUCGCACUCGCUGGAUGAACAUGAUACAGGGCACACGCAUACCACCACUGCUAGUGAGAGGUGACGACAAACUAUGCGGCGGCAAAACCCUCAAUUCCAAACGACCGUCGCAUGUGUCUAGCAAAUAAUAAAUAGAGACGUGCGGAAAAUAGCACUUCUAAAAAAUAGCGUUAUACAUAAUAACGUUACGCUAUUUAGAUGAACUCUGACGCUAUUAGUCUUGAUAUAACCAAAAUUCGUUAUUAAUGAAAAUUAUGAUUGUUUAAAUUUCCAAACAAAACUAGAUAGAACGAACAAAGCAAUAUUAGAUUAAAACAAUAGAACCCUAAACACCAACAACAAAGUAAAUUCUAAUUACCAAUAAUGAAGUUAAUUCAGAGAACACUCAUAUUAACACGUAGCUAUAUAUGAUUUUUUUAUUUGAAUACAGUACCUCACUUGGUGUCGUAAGUUGCAAAUAUGAAUGAAUCUAGAAGUUUAGUGUAUUUAUUAUAUAGAGUUAAGAACUAAUUAAGUUGGUGUAAAAUAUAUAAGUGGAAUUAUUUCUUGAAAAGACUGUCUGAUCAAAUUAAUGUAUAUUAUUAGAUAGCUAAAUGUUUUCAUAGUAACUAAAUUAAUAUAGUACCUAGAUACUUACCUUCGUAAAUAUAAAGUAUAAUUAUUAUGAUAAAAUUCCGUAUUAACUUUAUAAAUAUUGUAACUAAUCCUUAACUGUAACUAAUACGUUGUACCAAGAGAAAUAAUAAUUGUAACUAACAGAAAAUAUAGCUUGAUACUUAAAUAAUAUUUAUUAUAUCAAAAACUCCCUGUACUUUUUAAACUCAUAUUUUUAAUUUUAUCUUCCAAAAAAUUUCCAUAUACAAAGUUCACUAAAACAAUAUGUCAGAAUAGGGAUGGCGACCAAUUUUUGUUUGUUUCCGUCAGGUAGAUUGCUUAAUAUCAAACACGUAUUUUUUUACUUUUUUUCAUAGUCAUUAAAUUACGGCGAUACAUUGAGUUAAAAUGACACAUGACGUCACGCUUCUGUACAUCUUCUAAAAUACUGUGACGUAGCGAGCCCCCACUCUUCAACUUUAAUAAACAAGUUAUUUCUUGUGAAAUUACAGUAAAUUAAAUACGUACCUAAUAUUUUUCUAUUAUCGGACUUGUCAGUCAGAUAAUCGACGGACUAAAUUGAUUUAUUUUUUCGCAGUCGUCAACCCUAUUAUGAUCAACAAAAUAUCAAAAAAGUGACGCGAAUAUGACAACGACUUCCUUAAAUCAUUUAUUAUACAGUGCUAGCAUAUAUAACAUUUGGCACUCAAAUAAAUCUCCUGAUAUUUGAAACAAUAUGAAAUUUUCAGAGUACAUUAUUUUCAAUCUUCCUCUCUUAAAUUACUUGUUCCUAUGGAAUAUUAUCAGAAUUUAUUGCUUAUUUUCAAAAGUUGAAUCUAUUGAAUAAACAAGCUUUAAUUAUCAUUUACGUUUAUUAUAUAAAAUAAUAAAUCGAAGCAUUCGCUUUACUAUAUUACUAAAUUUUAAAGAAAAUAAUGCUAAUAAGCGAUUUUUAUUAUUCAUUGUCAUAAUGUACAGGAAGCUUGCAAUCAGUGCACUUUUUUCCUGCGGCUUAGUAUCGAUAAUAAAACCUAUUUACGGGGAUAUUAUUUUAUAUUUCAAUAUCAUUAUAAAUAAUGUAACAUUCAUAAUAUUUUUAUGUUUAUUUUAAUAGUUGUGAGCACACUGUAGGCUUAUUAAUAAAACUCAGUCAUCAACAUCCAUAUAGUAUGGGAUAUCAUAAGUAGUAACGUCUUUACAUCUUUUUCUUCUUCGUCUCUUACGUUAGUAACAUAACUUAUUAUUAAAUAUGUGCGCUGAUUACGCACUUUUCCAGUAUCAUAUUCAAUAGUUAGACUUUGCUUUUAUGAAUAAACUAACUAUUUGCAUAUUCUUGAGUUAUUAUUCGUUUCCUAAUAACCAAAAAGUCUUCUCACUUAUGUCCUUUACGUACAAUUUGACAACUAUCAGAACCUCUAACGUGUGAUAUUAGCAUAUUUUUCGAAAUUUCUGUUUAAGAGUUAGAAAUUUUUCAACGAUGGAUUGCUGAAAGAACAUGAAUAUUUUUUUACAAUAAUAAAAAGUGAAUAAACUAUUGUUUCUAAUAAGUAUAGUUAUCCAAAGAUCUUGAUUCGUUUCUUAUCAAAGAUUUGCUUUUAUUUAUUGUAAAAAACUAUUUUAAUGGAAUGAAAGGUGGUUGACAGUGCCUAUUUUGUAUAAAAAUAUAUUAAAUCAAUUAUCUGGUUCGACUUUGCUUUUAAGUUAUAAUGAUAGAUGCGCCAGUAUUUAAAAAAGUAUUUUUCCGAAUCAAACUACCUAGAUGUCGCUACGUACUUUGAAACUUGUGUAAUGUCCAAGCAAAAUUCAGUUUUUAUUAUGUCACGUAUACAGGAACAAAAAUGACUCUUUUUGUCCAUUUUGAUGUCAUUUUUUCCCGAACCUUUAGAAAUAUAUCGAACAGAGUAUCGACAUCUCCAUUUAUAUUUAUUUUAGUAGUACCUUUUUAUGAAUACAUUUGCAUUGAAGCAAAAUCUAAUCAGAGUCUCUGAAAAAUUAAUACUAGAUUUCAAUGUAGGUGGAUGAAUAACUUUGGCAUCGAGACUCUUGGUUUAAUAUAGAUAUGCAUAAAAUUCAGAUAAACAAUAAAGUCAUCGAUAUGGUAUUUGCAAUAGAAAAGAUCUCAUAACGCCUUCUUUAACAAACUCUCGUAAAUCAAGCAAUUUUGGCACCGAAUAAUAGUAAGUAUUUUAGGUGUUAAUAAAGACAUAUUUUUAUUAUUCCUUUCGUAUUAUAAAAAUUAUUCUUUUAUGUCAUAGCUUUUAAAUAUUUGUUUACUUUAAAUAUGAUAUAAAAUUACGCAAUUUAAAGAUCUCAACGUUCCUCAAAUUCUAUUGUGUAUUUGAUGUUUUAAAAUUAAUACUCUUCGUUAGUAAAAUGUUGUAACUGUAUGUGUAAGCGAUAUAAAUAUUAUUGUGUAUAAAUAUAUGAGAUGUUACCU